AUGAGCAGUCUAUUGAAGGAAUAUUUGGACCAACGUGUGAUGGUGGUCACUGUGGAUGGGGAAACACACUAUGGAGAGCUUACAGGGUUCGACAAGCAGGGAAACCUGGUGAUAUUGGAUGACAAGAAGAAUAUUCUGGUGAUACGAAGCAGCGAGGUGGUUCUUUGUGGGCAGGUGGAAGUGGGCCAACAAUUGCCCAAUACAAAUGACGUCGUGAGAUUGCCCCGGUGCAAGGCGAAAUUGAGCGUACAACAAGAGGUUGAAAUAUGGGCCAAAAGAUGGGCCAAGUGA